AUGGAGGAGUCCGGUUCCACUCUGAUUGCAGCUGAAGGUGCUAAUAUCACUCACAUGGAUGCUAAGUUUUACAAGGCUGCAGCACAUGGCCACAUCAAUAUACUUGAGCAAAUGUCAGAAGAUGACAUCCGAUUCCAAUUGACCCCAAAGAAGAACACAAUCCUCCACAUUGCAGCCCGGUUCGGCCAAUCUGAUUGCGUUGAAUGGAUCUUACAUUUUCAUCGGUGUUCUUCUCUACUGCGACAGCCCAACUUGAAAGGCGACCUCCCACUUCACAUUACAGCAAGGGAAGGCCAUUUUGGGAUGGUGAAUGCUCUCGUUUGUGCUGCAAAGGCUCUGAAUGAGGAGAUAGAGAGUGGGGUUGACGCAGAUAAGGCGAUGUUGAGGACGAUGAAUUUGGAGAAAGAAACAGCACUCCACCAGGCAGUGCGGCAUCAUCACCCUCAAGUGGUUAAGUUUUUGAUUGAGGAAGACCCUGAAUUUACUUAUGGUGCUAAUGUUAGAGGUCAGACCCCUCUUUACAUGGCUGUUGAGAGGGGAUUUGGUGACUUGGUAGAUAUGAUCAUAUCAAGAUGCACUUCAGCAGCUCAUACUGGUAUCUUGGGUAGAACAGUUUUGCAUGCAGCUAUAGCUUCCAAUGACCAAGGUAGGAUAAAUAUUUGA